AUGAGAAUUUCAAAAUAUACGGCUCGAACCGCAUCAGUUAGACCAUUGGAUCGAAAAAUAAUAAAAAAUAUGAAUGAAUUAAACGGGUUUCAUAUUAAUUACAAGACACCUAAUACACAUAUCGCAUCGAAAUCUCAUCAAGGUAAGAUAAAGAGUACACGAACAAAAACAUCAAUAGUGCGAAUUCCUCGUUCUCAACUAUCAUCAUGUACUGUUCACAAGUUUCGUGAUCAGCAACAAUCACCGGAUGAUGUAGAACAACCAGUCAGUGAUCAACCAGCUCAAGAUAAUACCCAUGUAACACUUUCAAAUGAUGUACAGAUUGAUCUUGAUCAUAACACACAAACACCACUUUCUUCUAAGACUCUACCAGAUCAAAUUUUUAAACAUAGUGCAGUAUCUUUUGUACGAGUUCAUCCUUCGAAGGUUGGUUUUAGUCUUCUUUUAGCAUUAUUACUUGCCGCCUUAGGCGUAUUAAUUUUCUUUUUAAUCUCACCUAAAACUACUACAACAACAACAACAACUAGUACAACAUCAGUAACAACUACAACGACAACAUCCACUACAACCAGCACAACAACAUCCACUACAACCAGCACAACAACAUCCACUGCAACCAGCACAACAACAUCAACUACAACCAGCACCACAACAACAACGACAACUAAAACAACAACUACAACCACAACAGGUGAAUUUGAAUUCAUAAAUUGA